UCAGCAAGUGCAGUCGGAGCGCAGAGGGACAAUCACGCUAUCCUCUCGUACGGAUAACUACAGACUUUGACAUUUUCUCCAGGCAUCGGAAUCUCGUUACCAAAGGCUACAUUUAAAAGUCUAGGAGCACCAAAACACACCACAAGGAUUGUCACUGCCGUUGCGGCAAUAACAAAAACGUGGCAAGAUGAGUGUGAACGUGAAUGACUUCAAUGACAUUUUGGAUGCACUGGGUGAUCUGAACUUCUCAACUCUUGACGAUAACGUCUCCCAUGUGGAAGUGUGUCACAGCGCCUUUAGCCAGAGGGCGUUGCUCUACGGCCUCUCUGUGCUCUACAUCUUCCUCUUCAUCAUCGGCCUCGCCGCCAACGCUCUGGUGGUGUGGGUGAACGUGCGAGCCGAGGGGAAACGUUACGAGACUCACCUGUACAUCCUCAACCUAGCCAUCGCUGACCUCUGCGUAGUGGCCACUCUUCCGGUCUACAUUAGCUCUCUGCUUCAACUCGGCCACUGGCCUUUUGGGGAUGCCAUGUGCAAAAUUACACACCUGAUCUUCAGUGUCAACCUCUUCAGCAGUAUCUUCUUCCUCACGUGCAUGAGUGUGGACCGCUACCUGUCCGUGAAACUUUUUGGAGACGGUCCCAGUCAGAGGAAGAGAAGGACCAGGCAGCUAAUCUGUGUGGGCGUUUGGCUGCUGGCACUCUUUGCCGCCCUCCCUGAAACAUACUUCCUUCAGGCUGAGAAGUCCAGCCAUUCAGACAGCAUCGUAUGCAAGUCCGUGUAUCCCGCGGACAGCACUAAGGAGUGGACAGUUGGCAUCCAAUUGAGUUUCUUCAUGCUCGGCUUUGCCAUUCCCUUCCCUAUCAUUGCCGUGUUCUACAUCCUCCUGGCCGGUACCAUCCAACCCUCGGCUGACCAGGAGCGUCGCGUCAGCCGUCGGCUCAUCUUCACCUACAUUGUGGUCUUUCUAGUGUGUUGGCUGCCCUACCAUGGAGCUCUACUGCUUGACACGCUAGCCUUUCUCAACGUGCUCCCCUUCAACUGCACUCUGGAGAACGCUCUCUAUGCGGCGCUGCAUCUCACUCAGUGGUUCUCCCUCCUUCACUGCUGCGUGAACCCCAUCAUCUACAACUUCAUCAACAAGAACUACCGCUACGACCUCAUGAAGGCCUUCAUCUUCAAGUACUCUACCAAAACUGGCCUCGCUAGGCUUAUCGAUGCCUCACAUGUGUCUGAGACAGAAUACUCUGCUGUGGAGAACCAGGGACCGUUAUGAACAUGUUAUGAUGGUGUUGACCAUCAGCAGAUAGAGAGGGAACAGUCAUGGAAAUCUCUCUGGAUGUUUUGCUCUUGAAGCAUGGCCAAAUUUGAUGUUUUGUAAAACAGCUUUGUACAUGUACAGUUUGCUUACGCUCUAAAAAAUGCUGGGUUAAAAACAACCCAAGUUGGGUUGAAAAUGGGUUGUUUUAACCAAGUGGUUGGGUUAAAUGUUUGCCCAACAUGCUGAACAAAUGAACUCAAAAUUAGGGCUGC